AGAUCUUUGCAGGAGGCAUUGCUCUGUACCACAGAACCUUCCAGGAAUGGCAGUUGGGGAAGUUGUUCAGGGUAGGUGAGGGCUCAGGUUUCACUGGCAGUUGGGCUGUGAAGUCACAAGGUUCUGGUGAGGAAAGGAAGGUUCCAGAAUAGCCGUACUGCUCAACUGUGCCUACCUCCCAGGGAAAGAAACGAUGUGAGAGCAGGAACUCAUCACCUCACUCACACUCCCAGACCCCACAGCCUUCCAACCCAAUUUCCUCACCACUUUCCAGCACGACCCCCAGUUGCCCUGGCCUGGUGUUCAGCUUUGGCUACUGGGGCACUGGGACCAGGCUAAAGCCACAGAUGAGGGCUGCUGGUGAAGCCAUGUCAGGUGAGCUAGAAGCCCACGGGGCUGGAGCUACAGGGGAGAGCCACAGGAGACAAAUGCUAAUUGACCCCCAUAAGCCCCUGCUGAAGCUAGCUAGAUGAAAGUACUGUCCUGUUUUCUGCUGCCCAGUGCUGUAUGUCCUCAGGCAGGGCCCUGGACCUCUCUGAUCCAAGACCCUACCAGGACAAUGGUUUAUGACUCAGGGUGGUUGACAAGUGUCACUGCCAUGAUUUGGGUCCUUAUUACAAGCCUCAGCUGGAGCCACUGCCUUGAGGGCUGAGCUCCCAAGGCAUUCUUCCAGAGCUGGCUGACAGCCCCUUGUCAGGGAUGUCGCCUCCUUCACAACCCAGCACUGUCACCCUGGAGGACCUAGAACUGCUCCUGGUAGAAGGUUUGGCCAGCCCUAAGCCCUCGAGUCAGGAAGAGAACUCAGAGAGGAAUGAGUCCAGCCCUUUGGCAUCCAGCUCCCCUGCCCCCCAGCAGGAUAAUUCCAAGCACUUGAAGGAGUGGAUGGCCAAGUUGCAGGCUGAGGUGGCGUCCCUGCGGGGACACAAGGUACACUGUGAGCAGGCUUCUCUGAGCCUGCUGAAGGAGCUGCUACAGGUUCGUGGGCACAUGCAGCUACAGUCCUCAGAGCUCUGGCAGCUGGGGCAAGAGAUGCAGCAUGUGGCUCAGGUCCCUGAGAAGGAAGUGAAGGUGUUACCUGGAGCCCAGAACCAGAACCUGAUGCAGAUCCUGGACAAAAGGCUGGUGGAGGUUCGAGAAGCCUUGGCUCAGAUCAGGAGGAGACAGGCACUGCAGGAUACAGAGCGGAAAGGCUCUGAGCAAGAGGCCAACCUCAGGCUGGCGAAGCUGACCGGGUGGUUGAGGCAGGAAGAACAGACCCAGGAGGCAGCCUGCAGCACCUUGCAGAAGAGCCAGGAGGACACCAGCCAGAAGGUGGACCAUGAGAUGGCCAAGAUGCAGGCCCAGCUGAUCAAGCUUGGGGAGGAGAUGAGCCUCCGCUUCCUGAAGAGGGAGGCCAAGUUAUGCAGCUUCCUACAGAAGAGCUUCCUGGCCCUGGAGCAGAGAAUGAAGGCCUUGGAAGGCACACGGCUGGAGACAGAGAGCAGCCUGCGGGAGGAGCUGGAGGACCAUUGGCAGAGGCUGCAGGAGCUGACUGAGGAGCGUGUGUGGGCCCUGUGGGCACAGCGUGAGCAAGAGGAAGAGGGCUGCCUGCGGGAACAGUGCUGGGGUCUGGAUGCGGCUAUGGUUCGGCUCACCAAGUUUGUGCGGCAGAACCAGAUGUCACUGACCUAUAUCCUGCUGAUGGAGCAAAAGGCCCGGGUCUUCAAGGUGGGCUUGGAAGAGAGUCAGGCUGGGGAGUUGGCCUCCUACAUGCAGGAGAACCUGGAGGCCGUGCAGCUGGCAAGAAAGCUGGCCCAGCAGGAGACACAGGGUGCAAUGGAGCUGCUCCAAGAAAAGAGCCAGGUCCUGGAAAGAUCAGUGGCCAAACUGGCCCAGCAGUUGAAGGACCUGGGUAACCAGUGCCUGGCCCUGAGCUGGAGGCUAGACCCGCAGGAGCAGACACUGGGCUUGAGGCUUUCUGAGGCAAAGACUGAGUGGGAAGGUGUAGAGCGGAAGUCCUUCGAGGACUUGGCCCGAUGUCAGAAGGAGAUUGCAGCCCACUUGCAGGAGGUGCGAGACAAGGUAGACUGCCUCCCCCAGCAGAUGGAAGGUGUCUAAGAUAAGUGCGUCCUUCACAAGAAUGAUGCAGACCUGAAGAUCUUGGCAGAGGGCAAGGCCAGAGAAUUAGAGGUCAGAGCUGUGCAGCAGGAGCUGGCCACUGUGCUGUCAUCUGUGCAACUGCUCAAGCAGGACAACCCCGGGCGGAAGAUUGCAGAGAUCCAGGGAAAGCUGGCCACGUUUCAGAAGCAAAUGAUAAAGUUAGAAAACAACAUCCAGGCCAACAAGACCAUCCAGAACCUGAAGUUUAAUACAGAGACCAAGCUGCGUUCGGAGGAGAUAGCCACCCUGCGGGAGAGCGUGCUGCACCUGUGGAGUGAGGAGGGCCCAUGGCCACUAACACUGGGCAGCAAGCGGGUGUUCAUGUCCCUGGUGAGGCAGCAGUUUUUCAUCAAGGAUGUGGCCCCUGGCGAGCAAGUUCCCAUGAAAUGUUGGGGCGUCUAUCAAGCUGUGAAGUGGGUGGCAAGAACUUGACAGCCUCUUCCCAGGAGAGGGGUUUCCGGAGGGCAGUGGCCAGCCACAGGGAGGUUGGUGGAAGGGGGCCUUAGCCCUGAGUGGUGUCUCUGGCAUGUGGCUUCAGUGGAAGGCCAUCCUCUUGAAUCGCAUGGCUCAGCAGAGGCCAGAAGCAGUGUCAGAGACCUUCCAUGGGGAUCCUCUAGCUCAGCUCACACCUGUGUGCCUUCCCCAGAAAUAAAUGUGAUAGUUCUUGUA